GUAACGUUUCGUAAGCGAAGCUUCGCUGCGGUCAAACGUCGCGUUUAAAACGAGAACGAACGUGUCGCUGCAACAUAUUGGCGUUACAUGCAGGGGGCGUCGAAGCAUGAUGUUAAAAUAAGUACAUUUGUGGCGAAGAAGCGGUCCUGGCGCGUAGGAUUAUUUAGACGCCAUUUCUGAGCAGUCAUGUUUAAAUGGGCGUGUUUGGGAGGGGGCGGCGCUGUUUCUACUUCCCCUAUUGGUUUCCUGUUGUGGUGGGGGCGAGUACGUCGCGUCAAUGUUUUGGUUUAAAUGUCUAGCGGGAUAAUGCAUUUAACCCGGGGGUGUCCGAUUCAGCUGCAUGGUUCCAUUUAUCCAAGUUGUUAGCAAAUGUGCUUUAGGGAACCCCGGGCCGCAGACGCUCGCAGGCCAGUCAACUUCGUCAGCUGGUUGGCGUGAGAUUUUAAAUUAGACACGUUUACAUGCACCAAACGUAGAUUGGAGGGUUUCGUUCGUUGAAAGACAGGUAUGGUGACAAAGAAGAUUAGAAGUGAGUAUAUGAAGAAGUUCAAGGACCCAAAAUGGGACACAUACACAAAGUGUUACGAGGACUUGCUGAAAUACAGGCUGACAAGGAGGCUUUUGGAGCAGAGCCACCGGCCCUGGUUUUGGGGCGGCUGCGAAAGUGACUCUGAUUCCAGCGACAGGUCCACGCCACAGAGCAGGAAGAAAAUGUUGCCGAAGACUAAAGAGGAGAUGCCGCCGGGUUCGGAACCGGAGCCUCUGGCACCACAAGAGCCAGAGAACCAGCCGGGAGAGGUGAAGGAACCGCAGGUUUGCGACCCUGAAAAAGGCGCACUAGCCGAGGCUGAGAAGAACCCACAGACAGCUGUACAAGCCACUGUGAACAAGGACCCCACAAAAAGACAUGAGCGAGAGCUGAUUGGGAAAGAGGGCCUUCAAGCUGCCCGCCUAGACGACCAGGGUGUGAUCCAGCCCCGUCGGCCGCGAAAGUCCACUAGGGCCAAGAGCCAACCGCGGGAGGUGACCGAGCCCGACAAGGAGAACCGGCACCCGUUUGCCUUGUACGGCAGCGGGGAGAAGCAGGCAGAGAUGGCGGCCAAGAGGACGCACAACGUGGGACCUUGUAACUCCACCAGGGAGAUUCAUGCGUCGGCUUUACGCGCCAAGACCAGGCGGGAGGUAGAGAAGCAGCUGAAGGCCGAAGGCCGGCGCAGAGCCCGGUCAGCUGACGUGGAGGAGAGACACCACACCAAGCUGCUCCCUGACUAUGACCCCUGGAUGACUGAAUACAUGCGCUGUUUCUCAGCACGGUCGCGGUAGGAUGCAACACGACGGGGCGGGAACAUGUCAGCUGAAAGCCUCUCUGACCAAUCAGAGGCUUGGAUUCCUGGCCACUGGUACGCUGCAGCCGACAGUUUGUGAUCUUUUAAAAUGUGAUUGGGGCGAUGGGGGUGUCUCACCUCUGUUACCCAUUUCCCUUUUUGACCAUUCCAAAGUUUGUUGCUGUCAAAACAGACGACAAAUAUGCGUUUUUAAGCAGAAACACCAGACAUCAGAACUCACACAGCAAUAUUACAAGCGCAUUCAUUUCAGCAUGAUAAGAAACCCUUUAAAAAAUUUUCCUUUUAUUAUAAACAUUGUUAUUCUUAUGUGGGGAGUUUAUAUGCCUGAGUUUUGAAGUUUAAAUUUUUUCUAAAAUGUUGCUCUCAGGAUGAAAAUAUAAAAAAUGUUCCUUGAUUUGUGUAGAUGACUGAAAUUGCACAACACUUCAUGUAUCACUGAUCGCGUUCAGAGAAUAGUAUGAUUUAGACAAAGCAUGUCUGUAUUACCUAAAUCAGAGGACUGAACAUUCCUUGAAGGCAUUCAACGUAUUCAUCCAUCCAUCCAUCCAUCCAUCCAUCCAUGCAGGUGGCCACCUUCUGUAAGUGCUUAUCCAGCACAGCACUUUCGUGUGUCUGUGGAGUGUAUCCUAGCACAGUGCCGGCGUGCGCCAGUGGAGCGUAUCCCAGCACAGUGCCGGCGUGCGCCAGUGGAGCGCAUCCCAGCACAGUGCCGGGGUGUGCCAGUGGAGCGUAUCCCAGCACAGUGCCGGCGUGUGCCAGUGGAGCGUAUCCCAGCACAGCGCCGGCGUGUGCCAGUGGAGCGUAUCCCAGCACAGCGCCGGCGUGUGCCAGUGGAGCGUAUCCCAGCACAGCGCCGGCGUGUGUCCGUGGAGCGUAUCCCAGCACAGCGCCGGCGUGUGUCCGUGGAGCGUAUCCCAGCACAGCGCCGGCGUGUGUCCGUGGAGCGUAUCCCAGCACAGCGCCGGCGUGUGUCCGUGGAGCGUAUCCCAGCACAGCGCCGGCGUGUGUCCGUGGAGCGUAUCCCAGCACAGCGCCGGCGUAUCCCAGGCAAUAUGGGACAGGAGGCUUGUCUGCUUGUUUGCGUUUGACACAAUGUGUUUAUCACACACCUUUACCAGCUAAUGAAUUACAGAUUUUGCAUCGAUAAACUUACCAAGUUAGAUAGCGGGAGCUUGGCUACUCUUAGUAGGGCCUUUGUUUACGGUAACAAUCGGGGCUUACAAUCGUCGGCACAUUUACGUCUGUCCUUCAGUGGUGUUUGACUCGGACCAGGAGGCUUUUUAUUCAGUGAUUGUUGAUAUUUUUCUGUAAAAAACGUUAUAAAUCUGAACUUCUCUGAUUCCAUGUUUUUAAAUUUUUGAAAAAAGUAGAAUGUAUUUUGUGCUUUUAUGGUGUAUUUAUUGUAUUUGUGGUUAAUGCACUUUGCUAAUGUGACUGAAUGUUCGCCACGUUGCCCUUCUUUGUUUUUUCGACAGAAAUGUCCUUAUUUUGACAUGACUUACCAACUGUGUAAGCAGACAAGUGUCGAGUCGAAUUUACCAGCCCAGUGCAGUAGCUGUUUCUCAGAAGUUAAACUAUUAUUAGCAUAUACAGCUCUGGAAAUAAAUAAGAGACCACUUUAUAUAUAUUUUUUAAUCUGCAUUUUUAAAUCCUGGUUUAAUCCUGGCUUUGCUGGCAGGAGGCUGCGCUGAGCAGCAGGAGGGUCAGUGUUUCUGAGACGGCAGGACACAGAGGUGAAGCAGGAGGCACUGGGAACGAGCAGAAAGCAGCCUGGUAGAGGGCGGAAGCAACUGUCUAAUGCCAGAGGUGAUUGUCAGUCUACACAACAGUGCCUCAUAAAUCAGAGGGUGACGUCAGGUGACCUUCGGAAAGAAUGGGAAACACUAAGUGGUGUGAAGUCCACUGCUAGGACAGUUCACAGCAGGCUCUUAGAAGCAGGGUUGCAGACCCAUAAAGAAAGAAAGUAGCCCUUCAUCAAUGGAUCAUCCAGAAGUCAGGCUGGAGUUUGCAAAAAAAAAUGUACAUUUUAGUCAGACACAAACCAUAAAUUGAGAAAUGAGUGAAACUGAAAAUUUUGCUGUGGCAGCUUAAUUUUUUCCAGAGCUGUGUUUCUGGUACGAAGGGCAUCUUGCGCAGUCGUUAGUGUCUAAAUCAGUCCGAAAGGCUGCCAGAUUUAGUUGGAGUGGUGUUCUCUCAGAUUUAAUGCAAAAUUUAUUCCACCUGCGAUUUUAAAUCUCAUAUUACUGAGGCUGAAAUAAUUAUUUGCUGGUCCUUCUGAAGCUUGAUGCUGAAUUCCUUCCCUUUUUGUAAAAUUGAUGGCGUAUCAUUUUUGAAGAUGUUAAAAGGUUUAUUUCUGUGUAUAACUGGAUACCUCAGCCAAGUAUUACAUGGUUUACCACUUUACCUACUUUAAUGUUUAAUGCUAAUGUUAUUUUAACUUUUUUGCAAGCAAUAUUGUGUUUGUAUUUUAAAUUCCCGCAUUCCUGUCAUUACGUGUUUUUAUUAUUAUUUAUGUCAGACUGAAAAAGAUUGUUUGACCUCAAAGGAGAAAAGAUAUAUAUAUAUAUAUAAUGCUUUAGAUAUUAGAGUGGGUGACAAUCGUAUAUGCAGUUUAGAGUAUAUUUUGGGAAUGAUUUCUAGUUGGAUGUUUGUACUUUACGAAGGUUCUUUCUGCUUAGGAACCAAACUUGCUGUAGUCUGUGUAACAGAAGAAAUACGUCACGCGACAUAAUACACCAGCACCUACUUCACACCAGCGUAAUCGAUUAAAAAAAAUAGCCUGUGAUUUUACACCCUUAGGCGUCACUCAUUCCGAUAUACUGCUUCUUAGAACACCCUUUUCUUGUGGGAAUGCUCAGAAAUAUGCAUUCUGAUUCCCUCUAAAUCUACCGCAAACUCCCAGAAGAUAUUAACCACAUUCUUUUAAUGCAAUGAAUGGUUGUAUUUCUAAAUGGCAUCUGUGAGUGCGCUGUGAGAGAGCAGGACACUCAGCAGCGGGACGAUGGUGCCGCGCCGGAAUGCUAAAGGCCCGCGACGUAGUGGUGUAAAGGGUGUUCAUAAAGACGUUUCAAAAGCCUGGCAGCCGGACAAGGCUGUGAGUGCGAUAAGCGAUGCCAGUGGCGCAUGGCAUGGAGGGGGCUGUAUUUGUGCCCAUAACGCGCAGGAAUAGCUGCAUGCGUGCGCAGUAUUCAGCCAGGCCCAGUAUGCUUCGUUAUCGAUUGCAGGAGAAAUGUCAGUGUUUACAUUUUUGACUUAAACAUUCUGUACAGGGAUUGUGGCAUGGAACACAUGUUUGAAAUAAAUUACAUUCCAGCUGUA